AUGAAGUCAAACACAAUUUCUGCUUUUGAUCAGGAUCUUAUUCAUUCUAACUGCAUUGAUGCAUCAAGUAUCAAUGUUCUUGCAAAAGAUCUCAGCAGUAUUCGACUUGAAGGCGACCCUGAGAUUCAAUGGCUUUUAAGGACAGUUGGAUUCAUUGAUCUCACAACUUUAGCUGGUGAUGAUACCUCUGCUAAUGUACAUAGACUUUGUGCUAAGGCCAAGCGUCCUCUCAGUGCUCCCAUUUUGGAAAGGUUAAAUAAACGUUACGGGGUUACGCCAGAAGAAGUUCGUAAGUUUUUGGCUUCCCUCCAUUGCUCAAAAUUUGUAGGAACUGCUGCGGUCUGUGUGUAUCCAUAUCAGGUAAAAACUGCACACGAAUACCUCGAAAAAAUCGGAAUGUCAGAAAUGCCAAUAGCUGCUGUUGCUACUGGUUUUCCAUCUGGUCAAUAUUCUCUCAAGUCAAGGCUAGAGGAAAUUCAAUAUGCCAUUGAUAGCGGUGCUACUGAAAUCGAUAUUGUGAUCAACCGCACGUUAGCUCUUGAAGGAAGAUGGAGGGACAUGUACGAAGAGGUUUGUGCUAUGCGUGAAGCUUGUGGCCAAAGAGCCCACUUGAAGACUAUUCUUGCUGUCGGUGAAUUAGGCUCCUAUUCAAAUGUCUAUGCAGCAUCAAUGACUUGCAUGCUAGCCGGUGCUGAUUUCAUUAAAACCUCGACCGGAAAAGAAAGUACUGUUAACGCUACUCUUCCUGUUAGUGUUGUGAUGUGUCGGGCCAUUGCUGACUUCCAAAAUGCUUAUGGUAUAAAAGUUGGUUACAAACCAGCAGGUGGGUUGAAAACAUGGGGAGAUGCGCUUGAAUUUACGGCCCUCGUGAACAGUCUUCUUGGUUCAGACUGGGUUAAUCGUGAAUAUUUCCGCAUUGGUGCCAGUUCCCUUCUCAAGGGUAUCGAAUCACGAAUCUUCAGCUGCCUAUUCAAUACUUCUCCAUUUUCCAGUGAUUUGACCCUCAUGUAA